AUGAAAUGAAGACCGAUUUAUCCAUGAUUUAUCCAGACUGUCAACUAGCUUGUGCAAUCAGAUUCAGGCGAGCUCUAUGAUGGCAGUUGAUGAGGUUGCAUGAUAUUGCGCCGACUCAAGCUGAGAGGCUGUGAUGGGCUCCUCUUUUUCCGGAAUCACCCGUUUCGACCGAGGCCCGAGCCUUUUCAGCCUAGCUUGACCUGCCGGGAGUGACGUUUCCCGGCCAUGAGGAAUUCAUCUAUCUGAAGCAUGAGUUUUACAAUGUCUUGCCACGUCCACUACUUCAAGAGCCCAUGGAAUGUGCUAGUGUUUGGUCACCUUUGUUUACGUACUGGGAUUUCAACACAUGGUGCUUUGGUUCUUGGGCUUCCCUCUUUCUGCCUAGCUUGUCCACGAAGAGCGUUCCAGGUGGCAAGGCCAUCCAUCCAUCCAUCAUCUACGUACUCACAAAAGUUUCUAUCCUACUGUCUGUCCUAGUCGGCGGUCCUCGUGUGUUUGUGUGGGUGUGUUUAAGGCCCGGAGACGGCAAGAUGCCGCCCAAGAGUAAAAGGAAGGAGGCGGAUGAGGGUGAUACGCUCACCCGUAUCGCCAUCGUGAACAAUGAUCGUUGCAAACCCAAGCGAUGCCGGCAAGAAUGCAAGAAAUCGUGUCCCGUGGUUCGCAUGGGCAAAUUGUGUAUCGAGGUCUCGCCCAAUUCCAAGAUUGCCAACAUCUCCGAGGAGUUGUGCAUCGGAUGCGGCAUUUGCGUCAAGAAAUGCCCCUUCGACGCCAUCAACAUCAUCAAUUUACCCUCAAACUUGGAAAAAGAGACCACUCACCGAUAUUCGGCCAACUCGUUCAAGCUGCAUCGACUGCCCGUGCCCCGCCCCGGGGUGGUGCUGGGCUUGGUCGGGACCAAUGGCAUCGGGAAGUCGACGGCCCUCAAGAUAUUGGCCGGCAAACAGAAACCCAACUUGGGCCGAUUCAGUGAGCCGCCCGAUUGGACCGAGAUCCUGGCCUAUUUCCGCGGAUCUGAGCUCCAGAAUUAUUUCACCAAGUUGCUCGAGGACGACCUCAAGCCCGUGCUCAAGCCGCAGUACGUAGAUCAGAUCCCAAGGGCUGUCAAGGGUUCGGUUCAGAGUCUAUUGGACAAGAAGGACGAAAUGAAGAACCAGGACGAGAUUUGCCAAGUCCUGGAUCUUAUGCGGGUUAAAACCCGCAAUGUGGACGAGUUGUCGGGCGGUGAAUUGCAACGUUUUGCCAUAGCCCUGGUGUGCAUUCAGAAAGCGGACAUUUUCAUGUUCGACGAGCCUUCGUCCUACCUGGAUGUCAAGCAGCGAUUGAAUGCGGCUCGGGCCAUUCGCAACCUCAUGUUGCCGCACACUUACGUCAUAGUGGUUGAGCACGAUCUGGCCGUGUUAGACUACUUGUCCGACUACGUGUGCUGUCUGUACGGCGUGCCCGGCGCCUAUGGCGUGGUCACCUUGCCCUCGUCAGUGCGCGAGGGCAUCAACAUCUUCUUGGAUGGGUUCGUACCCACGGAGAAUUUGCGAUUUCGCGAUGAGUCGCUCGUGUUCAAGGUGUCUGAAACCGCUACCAGUGAAGAAGUGAAGCGCAUGACUCGCUACGACUAUCCGCUUAUGGGUAAAACCAUGGGUAGUUUCAAGUUGGAAGUGGAGGCGGGACAGUUCUCGGACUCUGAAAUCUUGGUCAUGUUGGGCGAAAAUGGAACGGGCAAGACCACGUUCAUUCGCAUGUUGGCCGGUAAAUUGGCCCCCGAUUCCGG